UCCCGGUGCAAAGACCAAACACAAUGAGCUCCAUACUCGCUGAUGGUUGUUGUCUCAAAAUCUCAGUUUUCCGUUGAUCUUUUGGUAAAUCUUGAUGGCUACUUCCUCUUGCGUUUGGGUGUUCGAUGUCUUCCCGAGUUUUAGCGGAGAAGAUGUCCGAAGAACAUUCCUCAGUCACCUUCUCUUGGCAUUGGAUCGCAAAUUAAUCACUUGUUUCAAAGACAGUGAGAUCCAGAGAAGCCAGUCGAUAGGCCUGGAGCUUGUACAUGCGAUUAGGGGUUCAAGGAUCGCGAUCGUCGUCUUCUCGAAAAUAUACGCCUCUUCAAGCUGGUGUUUGAACGAAUUGCUGGAGAUCGUGAAAUGCAAGGAAGAGAAAGGUCAAAUGGUGAUACCAAUCUUCUACGCUUUAGACCCUUCUCAUGUCAGGAAACAGACUGGCGACUUUGGAAAGGCGUUUGAAAUGAUUUGCGAGAGCAAAACAGAUGAGUUGCAAAUUCAGUGGAGAAGGGCUUUGACGGAUGUAGCUAAUAUCCAUGGAUAUCAUUCUGAGAACUGGUAUAACGAAGCACACUUGAUUGAAGAAAUCGCCAAUGAUGUUUUGGGUAAACUUAAUAAUGUAACACCGUCAAUGGAGUUUCUUGACUUUGUUGGAAUCGAAGAUCAUCUGGCCAAGAUGAGUCUGUUGUUGUGCUUGGAAUCCGAGCAAGUGAGGAUGGUUGGGUUAUGGGGUCCUUCAGGAAUUGGAAAGACUACCAUUGCAAGAGCUCUUUUUAUUAGAAUCUCUCGUCACUUCCAAAGCAGCGUUUUCAUAGACAGGGCUUUUGUAUCUAAGACUAUGGAAAUUUUUAGGGGAGCCAAUCCUGACGACUACAACAUGAAGCUCCAUUUGCAAGAAAAUUUCCUCUCUGAGAUUUUAAAUAAAAAGGAUAUAAAGGUACAUCAUUUAGGCGCGGUGGGAGAGAGGCUAAAGCACAAGAAAGUUCUUAUAGUACUUGAUGAUUUGGAUGAUCAAAUAGUGCUAGAUGCCUUGGUCGGUGGAACUCAAUGGUUUGGAUGUGGGAGCAGGAUCCUUGUGAUUACAAAAGAUAAGCAUCUUCUAAGAGCUCAUGGGAUUGAUCGUAUUUAUAAGGUCGGUCCCCCUUCUCAUAAACUAGCUCUAGAGAUGUUUUGCCAAUAUGCUUUCAGGCAAAACUCUCCACGUGAGGGGUUUGCAGAGCUUGCUUCUGAAGUCACAAAAGGUGCGGGUAAUCUUCCUUUGGCUCUUAACGUUUUUGGGUUGUAUUUGCGGGGGAGGGACAUAGAGGAUUGGUUGGAUAUGUUGCCUAGGCUUCGGAAAGGACCCUACGGGAAAAUUGAGAAAGCACUUAGAGUUAGCUAUGACGGGUUAGGUAGCAAAGAAGAUAAAGCAAUAUUUUGUCACAUUGCAUGUCUUUUCAAUGGUAUGGAAGCCAAUGACAUCAAGCUGUUACUUGCGGAUAGUGACUUGGAAGUUAAUAUCGGGCUUAAAAACUUAAUUGAUAACUCCCUCAUACAUGAAAGAGGGAGUACUGUACAUAUACAUUGUUUGGUACAAGAAAUGGGUAAGGAAAUCAUCCGUACACAGUCCAACAAGCCCAGAGAACGGGAAUUCCUGGUGGAUUCUAAGGAUAUUGGCGAUGUAUUUAAUGAUACCUCUGGUGCUAAGAAGGUUUUGGGUUUAUCAUUGAGUCUAGCAGAGUUUGAUAAGUUGCACAUAGAUAAAAGGGCCUUCAAAAGGAUGCGUAAUCUACGUUUUCUUAGAAUCUAUGAGGACUCAUUGGACUUGCAUAACCAAGUCAGAUUGCACUUACCAGGAGGCCUCAGCUAUUUUCCCCCAAAGCUCAAGUUACUCUGUUGGGAUGGAUAUCCAAUGCGAAGUUUGCCAGCUAGCUUUCGUGCUGAACAUCUUAAUGUGCUCAGAAUGCGGAACAGCAAGCUCGAGAAACUAUGGGAAGGAGUAGAGUCAUCUGCAUACCCUGAGGAUAGGGUGGAACUUCCUUCUUCUCUUCGGAAUCUCAAUGAAUUAUAUAUGCAAACUUGCUCAGAGCUAGUUGCUCUUUCUGCCGGCAUCAACCUCGAAUCUUUGUAUCGGCUUGAUCUCGGUGGAUGCUCACGGUUUUGGGGUUUUCCUUAUAUCUCAAAGAACGUCUCAUUUCUCAUUCUAAACCAAACAGCUAUUAAAGAAGUUCCUUGGUGGAUCGAGAACUUCUCUAGGCUCAUAUGCCUAGAAAUGCGGGAAUGCAAAAGAUUAAGAUAUAUAUCCCCCAAGAUUUCCAAACUUAAACUUCUCGAGAAGGUUGACUUUUCAAAUUGUGAGGCAUUGACUUCUGCUAGCUGGCUUGACGGUCCAAGUGCUGUAGCAACGGGAGGAAACAAUAUUUACACUAAGUUACCAGUGCUCAAUUUCAUCAACUGCUUCAAAUUAGAUCAAGAAGCUCUCGUUCAACAAUCAGUUUUUAAGUACCUGAUUUUACCAGGUAGAGAAGUCCCUUUAUAUUUCACCAACCGAGCUACCGGAAGCACUCUGGCUAUCUGUCUACUUCAGAGAUCUCUCUCUCAACAAUUUUUCGGAUUUAGGGUUUGCAUCGCGGUUGAUACCCAUGAAGCUAAUUCCUUCACCCCUAGGUGGAUAUGUUGUCACGUCACAAGAAAAGAUGGGAGCUCCUUUGAUUCCACUGAUUGUCACCUUGCCAUUGAUUUACCGCGUCAGAUGGAUAACCAUCUGGUUAUCUUUGACUGUUGUUUUCCUCUAAACAAAGACAUUGAUGCUCUAGCUGAACUGAACUACGAUCGAGUAGAUAUAGAGAUUACUUUCACUACUGACUCUCUUUGCAAAAUAAAAGGAUGUGGUGUACGACUCUCUGAGAUUUGUUCAUAUUUGGAUAACGGACUUAGUAAUGUUUGUGAAGCUGAUGAAAGCAAACACGGUGAAGAGUAUGGAGACAGUAUUGCAGAAAUAAGGAGAAGUAGGAAGCGAGUGCGGAUAAUGGAAAAGUCGAUUUAAGAAAGUACUGACUUGCUCUUCAGCCAAACCCAUAAGGAACACUGGAAGUAGCAAGUUUGAAUAACAAGUACUGACUUGUUACUUCUCCUUGUCUCUGCACCGCCGUCUCCACUGAGAAUAUGAGAUAUGCAAUGUUCUGUUCUGUUCAGUUUAUGCCUAAUGCUUACCUGCAGUGGGAACUACUCUCAAUAUGAAUGAGGAAUUCUGCCCAUUCUAGUGGAACAUUGUAAUAUCGGGAGAAUCAGCAUGGAUUCUUCACAGUCAGCCAAGCUGGUCAGACGUUUUUUAGCGCGUGUUUACAAGAGGGUUUUGAAGAACUCACUCUUCUUGCCAAUAUGCCGAAGGUAUUGAGCUAAACAGACACUUGAGAGUGAGGGUUGUGACCUGAUUAUAGAAACAAUCUGAACAAGCUAUUGGGUCUUUUGGUGCAUUCCCAAUGAACUGUAAUAUCCAUAAUAACCAUAUGGGCGCUCAGGCAUUGCUUGCUGAAUCUACCACCAAGCUGUCUUUGGUCAGUGCUUUUUACCGAGGCGAAGCAGCCAGUUUGCAAGGCCGUUUCUAUAGAGAUACUCUUUCGCGAGGGAAGAGAGUAUAAACUUCAGAGUAGCUUCUUGUUAAUGGGUGAUAAUUAGGCUUUACAUAGUUUUCAGCUGUUCAGACAAAAGUGAAGCAUGUUCUUCAUUCUGCAUUGCUGGUCCGAACCAAGAUUGUGUAUUAUUUAUGUCCAUGGAUCAUAAUUUUUCUAGUUUCUUUUUGACUGGUGGAAUUGUAUCGACUGUUUCUCUUAGAUUCAAUUCUACAGAAAAGUCUGAUUGGUUA